GGAGCUGCACUUUGCCGACGAGCAUCUCUGCCGCUACAGUCAUCACAUCCCUCCCCCCCUCCCUCCCUCCCAGGAUCUGCAAGAAAAAAAGAGAAAUACACCGCGACUUCUCUGGAAAGAAAAAAAGGCAAGAGUUCAUCCAUGUGACUCCGGUCUGUCCGAAACUGCGCCAUUUACCUGGAUAAGUCCAUCCCGAGGAGAAGAGACUGCCCAAGAGAGACCGAGACCAGCGCGACGGGACUGUCGACGUAACAGAAUCGCGAAGGACAAGAGAAGAUGAUUGUCAAGCUGCACCUGAUCUUCACCCUGUACAGCCUCUGUGCCAGCGUCUUUAAAGUGGCUGGGACAAAAAGCAAAGCCAAAGGAAGCCAAGGUCAGUUCCCCAUAACUCAGAAUGUGACGGUGGUGGAGGGGGGCACAGCCAACAUGACCUGCCGUGUGGAUUACAAUGAUAACACUUCCCUCCAGUGGUCAAACCCUGCACAACAGACCCUGUUCUUUGGGGACAAGAAAGCUUUGAGGGACCACAGGAUUGAGCUGGUACGAGCCUCAUCACAGGAGCUCAUCAUCAGAAUCAGUGACGUCCUUCUGUCAGACGAGGGCCAGUACACCUGCUCGCUCUUCACCAUGCCUGUCAAGACCACCAAGGCCUUUCUCACUGUUCUGGGAGUGCCAGGACGACCAGACAUCACAGGAUUCACCAAGCCGGCCAUGGAGGGAGACGUACUCACACUGACGUGCACCGCACCGGGCAGCAAACCAGCUGCUAAUAUCCGAUGGUUCCGAAAUGACAAGGAGGUCCAAGGUACUAAGGAAGUAAAUGCCACAGGAAAAUCCUUUGCAGUUAGGAGUAGCCUCCAGUUCCAGGUGGACAGGCGGGAAGAUGGCGUCGCCUACACCUGCAGCGUGGAGCACGUGUCCCUGCCGAACCCUUACAUGACUACUGAGGUCCUGGAGGUCCACUAUGCUCCCCAUCUUGAGAUCACGCAUUCACUGAUUAUUCCCCAGGAAGGACAAUACUUCAAAUUGGAGUGUGUGUCAAUAGGCAACCCGAUACCUGAACCUGUGCUGUGGUCUAAAGAUGGGGGAGAGCUGCCAGACAUUGAGCGUAUGAUAGUGGAGGGCAGGGAACUAACCAUCACCACACUUAAUAAAACAGACAAUGGCACAUACCGUUGCGAAGCCAGCAACCACCUGGGGACCAGCAGCGCUGAAUACGUACUGUUUGUAUAUGCCAAAGACUUUCCAUGGCCUACAACAGAUCCGAAUGCUUUUGCACAACAUGGACCUGACCACGCUUUAAUUGGCGGUGUUGUUGCAGUCGUUGUCUUCAUCACCUUGUGUCUGAUAAUAGUUCUUGGACGCUAUCUGGCCAGACAUAAAGGGACGUAUCUAACACACGAGGCCAAGGGAGCGGAGGAUGCCCCAGACGCAGACACGGCCAUCAUCAAUGCCGAGGGAAACCAUGUGCAUGCAGAGGAAAAGAAAGAGUACUUCAUUUAGACUUUUUUUUCUCCUUUUACUUUGUUUCAUCACAGCUUUUGACAGCAAACAUGCAAAUUAAACUGCCUGAGCGUAACUGUAUGAUCUGUUUCACUUUACUUAUUAUUAUUUUGAAAGCUGUUUGGUUACACUCUUUUUUAAGCUGACAAUACAGCUUUCUUCUUUUGGAAUCAAUGUAGACCUUCCACAAUUACAUUAUUUAAAUUUCAGUUUUAAGGUGCCUAAAUGAUGUAUAUAUUUCUGCAUUUCUUCCAUUGCUUGAAUUUGGGUUUUUUUUCUUACCUAACUUGUUUUACAACAUUUUGCAGAUGAAACAGGAAAUGUAUUUCAACUCAAUUGGGAUUCCAUUCUAGAUAUGGCAAUUAUAAAAUUGACCAGACAUUUUGACAAGAAAAAACAUUGAAGCACAAUCUAUGUGAUUGUCUGUAUUAUUCCCUCCUUGUCUGUAUAUUUCUGAAUUGAUUUACUUUCAGUUUUCACUGCUGCUGUUGAUUUGUACCAACAGAGAACAAGUCCGAAAAUGUAAGCACAAAGUCUGAGGACUAAUAUGGAGGAGAAAUGCACCUAAUGUUUCUUGUCUCAGGACUCAAUAUGAGUCAAGAUGAAAAGAUUGUGUCAGGUGAUGGUGAUGAAGAUUUCAGUACACUUGCAGUUAAAUUCAUGGAUGAAGAACAUUACAUUUGUUUGUGAUUUGAUGUAAAAACCUAACUGAAUAAGUGGAACCUUGUGGGGGUUCAUUAUUUAUGUUAACUUUUAUUGAACAACUAUGCUCUAUGUGUGGAUAUUGCUGUAAAAUACUUUGCUAACGUGAAUAUUGGUGAACAAUACUUGUUGAAUCUGGAGAUCCCUGACAUAUUACAAUUUGUAUAUUAGCACAUACAGUAUUUAAAGUAUUCCACGAGUCUUAAUUUCUUUCUCAUUUAUCUAAGAGUUUGUUUUAAUAGGUGGUGUGUAAAUAAUGUGUAAGUAUUCAAUUUUAGUAAAAGAUAAAACUCAGAUUUUUUAAAUUUCAGGUCUAAUCAGUUCCCAGCACUUCCAAAUUUGUUUCCCAAUUUGGAAGACUUUAUUUCAAACAGGGAUUCGAACGAAUUGCUUAAAAUUAAUAAAAAAUAUUCUGGUCAAUAUAUGUAUUUAUUAUUAUGAUUGAUUGAAGUUUAUUAUAUGAUACUAUAUUAAUUGAUAUUAUUGCUGUUAUUACAAAGGUAGUAGUCUGACAUUAACUUUUUAAUUCUGUAUUUAUCAUUAAAAAAACAACACAAGGAUCACCGUUAUGGCCUUUGAGUUUGCUGCAAACAGUACUAAUGUUGAGGCAUUGGUGAAUCAGACAUGUCCUCACUGUAUAUAGUCACUGUAUCAAAGACAUUGAAACACAUUGCCAAUGCUCAUAAAUGUUCUUUUGUUAGUUUGGUAUGAUGCUAUAAAUAACUCAUUUUGUACAGAGUUUUAAUUGCUGUAAUUAAUUUGCUUUUUAUGGGGGAUGUGUGAGGUUUGCUUUUAUCUUAGUAUUGAAUAUUCAUUUUCCAACUAUGCCACUGUAAAAAAAAGAAAAAGAAAAAGAGAGACAAAGUGCGGAUUAAAAUAUGAACAAUUUGAAAACUGACAUUUUAUUGUGACUAGAUUUGUGCUUUGAAAUCUGCUCCAGAGUAAUGCUUUUUUUCCUGUAAAUUACAGCUCUAUUACGUACAGUCACAAUAUGAGUGCAUCUCUGCGGUAAUAUUAAAGGGGCAUGUGUUGAUGUACAGCCCUAUGA